CCGGUCUGACCUCAGCAGACGAGAAGGAGAGGAGCUGCGAAGCGGCUGCUCCAAACUAGACCCUUCAGCCGUCGCCAUGGGGGGAGGCGACCUGAAUCUAAAAAAAAGCUGGCACCCACAAACCCUACGUAAUGUGGAAAAAGUUUGGAAAGCAGAACAAAAACAUGAAGCUGAAAGGAAGAAAAUUGAAGAGCUGCAACGGGAAUUGCACGAAGAGCGAGCACGAGAGGAAAUGCAGCGAUAUGCAGAAGAUGUAGGCGCUGUCAAAAAAAAAGAUGAGAAGUUGGAAUGGAUGUACCACGGACCAGGUGGCAUGGUGAACAGAGAUGAAUACCUUAUGGGGCGUCCAGUUGACAAAUAUGUCUUUGAGACAGCAGAAGACAAGGAGGCAGGCUGUUCUUCUGAGACUGGACUUCUGCCAGGCUCUAUCUUUGCUUCUACAGGUGCCAACUCUGCAUUGGAUAUGGCUAGCAAGAUCCGAGAAGACCCACUUUUUAUGAUAAGAAAGAGGGAGGAAGAGAAGAAACGUGAAGUUCUGAACAAUCCUGUAAAAAUGAAGAAGAUCAAAGAACUGUUGCAAAGCAGUUUGGAGAAAAAGAAGAAAAAAAAGAAAGAGAAGAAGAAGAAGCACAAGAAACACAGGCACCAUAACUCCAGCAGCAGUGAAGAUGAACAGAUUAAAACUAAGUCACGGGAGAAAGUAGAACAUCUUCAUCCCAAAAGAACAGGAUAUGGAUUGCAAGUUCAUGAUAGUGGCCGUGAAAGGAUGCUGUCACAUAAACUCCAACAGAGCCUUGGAUCAGAGGGUCAAAGCCAUUCUCCAGAGAGGCAUGUGGGCAAGAAGGGCACAAAUCAGGAAUCAAGCAGGCAUAAGAGAUCCAGAUCACCUAGAGACAGUAAACAGCACAAUGGUAUGGAACAGAAGACAAAAACAGAAUGCAGGAAUUUUCCUAAGGAACAAGACUAUAGAAGACCACAGACUUCAAACAGAAAAUUAUCUGCAGAAGAGCUGGAGAAAAGACGGAAGGAAAUGAUGGAGAAUGCCAAAUGGCGGGAAGAAGAAAGAAAGAACAACGUGAAUAAACAUAGAAAAGAAGAAGAAAAAGAGCAAGCUCUGGAAAAACUUCGCCGCUGCAAUGGGAAAUUCAUACAUAACAUAAAAUUAGAGAGUGCAUCCACCUCCUCUCUGGAAGAUAGGGUGAAGAGGAACAUUCACUCUAUCCAGAGGACACCAGCAGCCCUGGAAAAAAACUUCAUGCAUCGAUGAAAUUGCUUCGUGUUCUAUCACAGGCCUGCGAAGGAUGUGAAUACUUUUCUCUAAGGAGCGACUGACCAGUCAGGAAAUCUUCACAGGCCAGGCUGUCUUUUUCCCUUGCCCAGAUAGGACAAGGGAGUUCACUGUGAUAAUUCCAUUACAACUUUUUUUUUUCUUCAUAUUAAGGUAUUUUAAAUGUCUGCAAUUUGAUGUACUUCUUGCAAGCCAAUUUGUUAGAAAGCUCUGCCCUUUCUUUGAUAUUUUAUAAUAUUAUAGUACUAUAAAAGGGUCGUAAGAGUUUGGCCUCUGUUCCCAGUGAGCCCCAAAGGAAACGUGGCUGUUCUCUUAACGGUAUUAUAAAGAGAAGGCUUAUUACAGAAACUUCCAUUUACUGAUAAUAGUUCCUCUGCCUUUCAUGUUCUUGAGAAUGUGAUGCACCUGGGUCCAGGCUAAUUGGGCUUACACUUCUGUUCUACAGAGUUUUAUCUCACAUCACUCUUGUUUGAAGCAAGAUAUAACACUUGCAGUAGAGAGAGAGAUCCCUUUCCUACAAGGAGAGAAUAAUUUUAUUCAUUGUUUUUUUUACUGGAGUCAUGCACAUUCUGUGCACAAAACAGCUUCUGUAACUAGCAGAUUUUCUUAAUAGGAAAAAGGGAAUGGACAAAACUGUAGAACAGCAAUCUUUCAUAUAUUAUUUUGUGAUAUGUAAAUACUGAACUUUGUACAUCUAGCUGGCAUUUAAUAUAUGUAUACAUCUUUAUGUA